AUGAGAAUUGCUAUAAUUGGUCAUAAUAAGCUUGGAUUCAUUGAUGGUUCCUGCAAAAAAGACUCUUAUGGUCCAAAUCUGGAGAAUCUAUGGGAACGCUGCAAUGCAAUCGUUUUGUCAUGGAUCAUGAAUUGCGUUUCGAAGGAAUUACUUGGAGGCGUUAUCUACUCUACGAAUGCUGCUGCUGUAUGGAAGGAUUUGGCAGAACGAUAUGACAAAAUUGACGGAUUUCGCAUUUUUCAGUUGUACAAAGAGAUUGCAACUGUCUAUCAAGGUACUAGCUCGAUCUUAGCUUAUUUAUCUAAAUUGCGUGAACUAUGGGUAGAGUAUGAUAGUAUAGCUCUUGUUCCUCGCUGCGAUUGUGUCAAUUCGAGAGAUUCAGUCCCUGCGACUAAGCCUAAGUCUUACACUAGCUCUAGCUAUGAUCCAAAUGUUUUUUAUGACUAUUGUAAAAGAACAGGACAUACUCAAGGUAUGUGUUAUAAACUACAUGGAUAUCCUCCUGGUUAUGAAAGGAAAAAGAAAAGUUCUAAUAACUCCUAUGAAAGAGGAAGGAAUCCUAAUGAGAGAAGACCAUAUCCAAAUGCUCACAAUGUGAUUGGUGAUGCUGAUUUAGACUAUGACAGCAGUAUGAAUCAGAGAUCACAUGAUUAUGGCAGAGGUUCUAGACAAACUGAUCAUACUGAUUAUCACAGAGUGUGUUUCUUUCCUGAUUUUGCUAUCAUUCAGGACCUCUACAGUGAGACGGUGAAGGUGAUUGGUAGAGAAAAUGCUGGUGUCUAUCUUCUUCCUCCUCACAACUUUCACUCAAACAAAACCACCAAAUGUUACUCUUCUUCAGCUCAUGGUGCUGAUCAUGCAACUGAAGCUAAAAUUUUGUUGUGGCAUCAAAGGCUAGGUCACACUUCUUCCAGUGUGCUUUCACAUGCUCUGGAUCUUCCUACCGAUGUUUGGGGUCCCUUUAAUACUCCUACAUAUGAUGGUAAUAGAUUCUAUGUUACCAUUGUUGAUGAUUGUACUCUAAUGCUGUGGUUGUUUCUAAUAAAAGUGAAAAGUGAUGUUUGUGUCGUGUUGAAAAACUUUUUCACCUUAGUUAGAACUCAGUUUAAUGCUGUCAUUAAAACCAUUAGAACUGAUAAUGGCUCUGAGUUUGUCAACUCUGAAUGUCAAAGAUUAUAUACAAGUUUGGGCAUUGUUCAUCAGAGAACAUGUAUUCAUACUCCUCAGCAAAAUAGGAUUGCUGAAAGGAAGCAUAAACAUUUACUUGAAGUGGCUAGGGCAGUCAGAUUUCAAGGCCACAUUCCACUAAAGUUUUGGGAACAUUGUAUUCUUUCUAUUGCUUAUAUCAUCAACAGGUUGCCUACACCUGUACUACAUGACAGAUCCCCUUAUGAAGUUUUUCACAACAUCAAACCAUCUCUUCAUCAUAUGAGAGUUCUGGGAUGUUUUGCUAAUAAUAUGUAUAUUCAUGACAAGUUUCAGCCUAAGAGUGUGACUGCCAUUCAUAUGGCUACUACAUCAUUUGAUGAAUCUCAUCCUGAUAUUGUUGAACCAGUUGUUCCAUCAGCCCCUCCUGUAGAUGUACCUAAGGUUGUGCUUGUGGUUUCUGAUGCCUUUCUUUCUUCCUUUGGUUCCGAGGUUGAACCUGGUACUUUUGAAGAGGCUUGUAAGGAUCCUAGGUGGGUUGAAGCUAUGCAGGCAGAAAUCUCAACUUUAGAGACACAUCACACCUGA